CUCUCAGUCUUGCAUCGGACUGGCCUCCCAUUGGCCAUGGGAGAGAGGAGGCGGGUCUCCUUUCCGUCGCCUGGCAUCAUGAUAUCCAGGAACCAGCUUGAGAUUUUUCGGAUGAUACUGUAUCUAACUUUCCCGGUCUCUAUAUUCUGGAUAGCAAAUCAGACAGAAUUUUUUGAAAAAUAUGGAAUCGCAAGCAGCAUCUUUCCACCUCUAAAUGAAGAGCAGAGAAAAGAUCUAGAAGCCUUUAGAAAAAGACUGCGGGAGAUGAAUGAGAAGAAACAGCUGCAGGAGGCUAAAAAAUAAUGGAGUGGUAUUCCACAAUAAAUUCUGUAUUUUGUAUAUAUGUAAUUCUCAAUUGUAUUCUGUAAAUAUCUCAGGCAUUUUUGGGAUAUAAAUGAGAAAAUUUUGAUUUUGUUUCUUCAGUUGUGAUCAGUCUCUUGCAAUGUAUAAUCAUUAAAAUUAAUCACUGACUUGG